GUGGAGUUUUGAAAAAUUAAUGGGUUAAUUCAAAUACAAUCGUGGCCAUAAUGGUAUUGGAGCCAUCCAUUUGCAUUAAUUAAUCCAAAUCGAAAUUUUUAUUCGAAACAUCAAGAUAUAAAUUGAUGAAUUCGAAGAUUGGUUGAAAAGAAAUGAAGCUUGAGAUUAUCACACUAUUAUUGACUUUCGGUUGUGCAAAUCUUGAGGAUAUCGAAUUGAGUAUAGAAGAAGAUGACUCUCCGGAAAAUACAAAUCAAAGAAUAGUUGGUGGAACUGAAGCAGAUAUCACAGAAUUUCCUUGGCAAGUUGGUAUAAAUUAUAAGGGAAAACAUAACUGUGGAGGAAGUAUACUGAACAACCAUUAUAUUCUGACUGCAGCCCAUUGCACAUACAAGUUAUUGGUAUCCAAAUUGGAAGCGAGAGUGGGAACAUCUUACAGGAACAAUGGCGGACUUUUAUACAGAAUUUCCUCUAAAGACGAACACCCAGAAUACAACAGGGAAGAUUUCCAGUAUGAUAUCAGUUUGUUGAGAAUCGAUGGAAAAUUCGAGUUUACACAUAGUGUGCAGCCUGUCGGUUUGCCUAGUGAAGACAGCCCAGAUCCGGAGCCAGGUAUAUUUGCGACGGUGUCUGGUUUCGGCCAACUUCACGUCGAUGAUAAAUUUAUGUCUUCACAUUUGAGAGCUGUAGAUGUGCCGAUUAUAGCUAAACAAACCUGUAAGGUAUUGUAUCGUAAAUAUAUUGUUGACGACAGCAUGAUUUGCGCGUUAUAUCCUGGUGGUGGAAAGGACGCAUGCUCAGGUGAUAGUGGAGGCCCCUUGACAAUCGGCGAUGUUCAAAUUGGAAUUGUUUCAUGGGGUAUUGGUUGUGGUUCUGCCAAGUACCCUGGUGUUUACGCGUCUGUAAAGAAUGUUAUGGAUUUCAUAUCGGAAAUUGCGUUUGAAAAUUCUGAAUAAAAUGUGUUCAAAUUAUU